AUGACAUCUAUAGGAGUAGAUAUUUUGCGCACAGCUCGAAUAGGCCAUAUCCUGGCUGGAAAGACACGAGAACGGUUUGUGCGCAAAAUUCUGCAUCCGUCGGAGAUUACCCGCAUGACCAAAUACCCUGAUCACGUGCAAUUUGUGGCAUCCACAUUUUCCACCAAAGAGGCCCUGUUCAAGACGUUGGACAGGCAGGACCAGAAGCUGUUUGAGUUCAAAGAGUGGUGCAGAGGUGUAGAUGAGGUCACGGGACGGCGCUUGAUUAGUAACCCCGGCUACAGACUUAUGGACCACGAGGAGUUUGUCGUUUCUGUGUCUCACGAUGGGGACUAUACUAUUGCUAAUGUUUUGAGGAAGAAGAAGGAGUGA